AAAUGGGAACCAAUUCGGGAGCCACCGCUGGCAUAAAUAACAAGCCGGUUGGCGGCGCAGCCGUUCUUGGCGUUGGCGUUGUAACAAAUUCAUCGAUCGGCGGCAGCAACGUGUUAUCGAACAGUUUGGGCGGCGGUCUCAGCAUUAGUGGCUUGGGUGGACAGAACGCCAAUGUUGGCGGCAUAGUCUCCAACAUGGGCGGCGGUGGCAAUAAUAGUGGUGGCAACGACGAUAGCAGCAACGGAGGCAUGGGCGGCAACCCUGGCGGCGGUGGACCCAAUAACCAACAAGCAACCACGCCCCAAUACACAAUUCCGGGCAUCUUGCAUUUCAUACAACACGAAUGGUCCCGCUUCGAAUUGGAGCGUUCACAGUGGGAUGUGGACAGGGCUGAAUUGCAGGCGCGUAUUGCGAUGCUGCUGGGUGAGCGCAAAUGCUUGGAGAGCCUUAAAUCGGAUCUGACGCGACGCAUCAAGAUGCUGGAGUACGCACUGCGUCAGGAGCGAGCGAAAUUCUAUCGAUUAAAGUACGGCACCGAUCCGCCGCAGCUUAACGAGUUUAAGCCAUCGUCGAAUGACGACGGUGGCCUAGGCGGCGAUGUGGCUACCGAUUCGGAGGUGCCGUAUAGCUCAGUGUCCAAUACCACGUGGCGACAGGGCAGGCAAAUGUUGCGUCAAUAUCUCGCCGAAAUCGGAUACACAGACAACAUCAUUGAUGUGCGUUCAAAUCGUGUACGCUCCAUUUUGGGGCUCAACAAUAACGCCGAUCAUGAUGGUGGCGGCAUUGGCGGUUGUGGCAUUGGAGGUGGCAGCGGCAGCGGCGGCGGUGGUGAGAAUCUCAGUCCAAAUAUUAAUGGCAACGAGAGCAAUAAGCGUGCCUCAGAAUCUGAAGGCCGUCAUACUCCCGCUAAAAAAGUGCAACAAUCAAACGAUGCCAUUAUACUGGACACGGAGGCGGCUGUUAUGGCCAAUUUUGAGUUCCUUGGGCCCACAGAGAUGUCCGAUGACGAUGAGAUCUCCGAUGAUCUGGAAAUGGUUGCCACCGACAAUGAGGACACAGACGUCAAAAUGGCCAAGCGACCCAAGUCCGGCAAGGAUAUGCUGACCGAAGAUCUUGAGGCCGAGGUGGGAGAGCAGCUCUUGAACGAUAUGAAUCUUAUGACCGAAGAGGUGGAUGGCUCGCUGGGAUUGGGCGAGCUGGCGCAACUGACGGUCAACAAUGAGUCCGAUGGUGCUUACGAUGCGAAUGCCAAGGACGGCACUGGCGGCAGUGCUGGCGGCGCUGGCUAUCGCAAGACCUGGAAUGCCAAGUACACGUUGCGUUCGCAUUUCGAUGGCGUGCGUUCGCUGAUUUUCCAUCCGGAGGAGCCAGUGCUAAUCACGGCCUCCGAGGAUAAUACGCUCAAGCUGUGGAAUCUACAGAAGACGGUGCAAGCCAAAAAGUCCGCUAGUCUCGAUGUGGAGCCGCUGUACACGUUCCGUGCGCACACCGGACCAGUGCUGUGUCUCGGCAUGUCCUCCAACGGUGAGACAUGCUACUCUGGAGGCCUGGAUGGCAACAUCGAGUGCUGGCAGCUGCCAUCGCCCAACAUUGAUCCCUACGACUGUUACGAUCCCAAUGUGCACUCCGGCACCCUCGAAGGUCACACGGACGCCGUCUGGGGUCUGACCACGAUGCAGAACAACAUUGUAUCAUGCUCGGCCGAUGGCACAGUUAAACUAUGGUCACCAUACACCAAGGAGCCACUGUUGCGCACCUAUACAGCUGCAGAGGCCGAGGGCGGGCCCUCGUCCGUGGACUUUGUGCGCAACGAGGUGGAUCACAUUGUGGUGGCCUAUAAUAGUGCCCAUUGCAUCAUCUAUGAUACCGAGACAGGCAAACAGGUGAUUAAACUGGAGGCGACUCAGGAAAUGUCUGGCAACACGGGGAAGUUCAUCAACAAGGUCGUCUCGCAUCCGACACUGCCCAUCACCAUUACGGCGCACGAGGAUCGUCAUAUACGAUUUUGGGACAACACAUCUGGCACACUGGUGCACUCGAUGGUGGCGCAUCUGGAGCCGGUCACAUCGCUGGCCGUCGAUGCGCAUGGAUUGUAUUUGCUAUCUGGUUCGCAUGAUUGCUCCAUACGUUUGUGGAAUCUGGACAAUAAGACGUGUGUGCAAGAGAUUACGGCACAUCGCAAGAAGUUCGAUGAGAGCAUAUUCGAUGUGGCAUUCCAUGCCACCAAGCCCUACAUAGCCAGCGCCGGUGCGGAUGGUCUGGCCAAGGUGUUCGUUUAGACACUCAGAGCAAGCAGAAAAGCAGCGACAACAACAGAAGCGGCCAAUGCUCCAGCAACAACAACAGAUGCAGCAGCUCCCCAGCUAAGCGAUUACGAGUUCGAGUUAAAUAAUUAUACAUACAUAUAAAUACACUUAUAUAUAUACAUAUACUAUACAUUUAAAUCUAAUUAUACAUUAUACAAGAGAUGAACAACAACAACCACAAGUAACACCCAGAAAAAUACGGCAACAACAUUGCUCUAUUAUACAACAAAAAAAGGGGAAAAUGAAUCCCAUAAAUAAAUAACAUUAAUUAUGGCAUUUUGAGCGCAAUCAUGUCGAUAGUCGAGAAAGAGAAAUCAAGCGCAUGCUAAGAGCAUGGCCACCAUCAUCUAAUCCCAAUCCCAAUAUUUAAACACUCAUUGUAUUUGUUAACAAAAGUGAAAAGUUCUUAAGCCUGCAGCCAGCUGCAAGUUUAACAACAUUUUCACCCAAGUAGUAGAUGAUGAUUGCCAAUCAUAACAAUUUAGAUCUAAUUUAAGCAAUGAUUGAGAACCUGCACAGCGAUUGUGUCAAUGGCCACCAAGAGUUGGAGAACGAUGCUGCUCCUGUACAUUUGAUAUGCUUAUAUAUAUACAUACAACAAUAUAGAUUUACCCCCAUGGCUAACAUUAAUGACAUUUUUCGUGUAAUUGGCCACUCGCUGUGCAGGUUCGAUUCGUCAGUCCAGAUUGCAGAGAGAGAAAGCUGGCCAGGAUUAAGCAGAUUAAAAUGUGUCCUGCUGCUGCUGGACGGAAAGAUUUACUCAUCUAACAAAACACGUUUUACGUAAUGAAUAAUAGACGAUCAAAUUUUGUAGUCUUAAGUGGCAUACGUCGUAAUUAUAUAUACACAAAUACACACACACCAUAUACUUAUAUAUGCAUCCCCCUUCCCUCUACCCAUAACACAAAGAACGUGCAAGUUGUAAAUUAACAUUAGAGAACGACGACGACGACGAUAAUGGUAAUGAUAACGAUAAUUGAUUCUGAUGAUAAUGACUAUUAUUUAUUUAUCAAUAAUUGGAAUGAGAGAGAGUAUAGUAAAGAGAAAAGCGAGAUGUGUUACGAAAGUUAUUACGUCGGGAAUCACAAAAACACAUAUACACAACCACGGAGAAAACUUUAUUAAACACUAAGUGAGAAAAGAAAAGUAUGCAUGCUUCUAUUUCUAUAUAAUUUUUCAUACAAAGAAAUGCUUAGGACAACAAAGAUCCACUUUAUACAUACAGAUCCAGAUGAUAUAAAUAAUAAUGCCGUUGAGCUAUAACUGUAUGCUAAGCUAUUUAUUUAAUUUAUGCCUAGUAUUAAACACUAACAAAACAAAUCAAGAAAAAAAGAAGAAAACGUAAAGAAAAACAGCGGCAACUGCUGAUCCAAUGGAUUUCUUACACUUGUAGUUGAAUAAUAACAAACAAAAAAUAAAUAUAAUAUACAUAUAUGUUUAGAAUCGCUUAACGGUUCAUAAAUUGUAAUCAAAUAAAACGUUGAAAUGUGGACGUGAAUGCCGAGCAACUCAAUAUUAGUUAUAGUAUUACAAAUUAUUAUUAUAAAAUCGUUGCGUUUCAAAAUGCGACUCUACAAAAAAAAAAAUGAAUAUAAA